UAAAGAAAAAUAACACAAAAUGAAUAUCAAGUGCGAGGACUGUACUCGCAGUUCAGUUCAUUACUGCAUGCAAUGUCACAAGCCUCAGUGUUACAGCUGUCAACGUAUUCACAGUCAGAAUCACCAUGAUCAUGUUUUCAGAUUUCCCUCUGACUCCAGCAGGAAAAGAUGUAUAAUUCAUUACAACAAACAAUUUAUUUCAUAUUGUAGUGAUUGUGAGACAAUGGUAUGUAUAGACUGUGUCGAUUUUAGUCAUAAGCAUCACAUUCUGCUCAGUUUAUCAAAAGUCAAAGACGAAAUAAUGAAACAAAUCGAGAGAGAAAAGGCUGAAAUAGUAAACUGUCUUCAGUCAAAUCGUUAUGACAUCGACAAAAGGGAGACAAAAGUUGCACAUUUUAAAGCGCAGUUAACAGAUAUAGUUCACAGCUUCCCGUACGGUAGGACGUACGGUUUAGGAAACAAAUUAUUCGCCCGCCGAAUAACAUGGCUUGACAUCGAAACCUACCCAACACAAGAACUUGAGAUAUUGUUUAAGCAAAUAAAACAGUUGAAGGCAGCAAGAUAUUUCUAUGAAGAAAUACAAAAUGCGCUAACAAGGUUAAUGUCAACUAAUAGAGCAGACGAAUUUAUAUCGCAAUUUAAACAGUACAAAUGUGCGGUCGAAAAAUAUGCAAACACUCCAGCAAAGUGCAAUGAAGAUACAGAGAUGGAAUUAUUGUACGAGGAAACAUCAGAUCGUGAAACAAAGAGUCCACUUAUUAGAAUUCAAAUAAGAAAGAAAGGCGAUCCUGUUGCAGCACCAAAAAAGGAGACGAUAUCAACAGAAAAGUCACAUUUACAACAAUAUGAAGAAAACUUGAAGGCAAAAUCCCUUCUAAAAAGAGAGGAAGAACAAAAGAGACACGAACUAGCUACAAAACUAAAUGACAGUGCGGUACACAAACAAAGAGAAGAGCAGUUGCAAACAGAACUCCGUUCGAAAACAGUCGAAUCGCAAAUGCUCCGAGAAACAUUACAGCUCGUGUCUGUGAACAUCAAGAAUUUCAGAGAGGAAUGCGAGAGAAAUACAAUGGAAUCUGUAGGUAUGAGAUUUCAACGACCAGCAGCCUUAAAGAAUUUCAGGGAAAUUGAAAAUAUGGUUUAUGAUUAUGAGCAGUGUUUAGUAGCAGUGUUAAACAUUCUACACGAGAAAAGCAGAGAAUCAGAGAUGCAUAACAAAGAUCGAGAACUCAAGAUAUCUAAUGACAGACUAACAAAUCUCCGAGACAGAUUUGAUCAGUUGGAAAAAGAAAAUGCUUCACUGCAGAAAGCACUUCCUGCUACUAAGCAAGAAAAGGAUGAGAUGCAUUUAAGACCGUUAGUACAGGAGAAGGAUCGAGAACUCGAGGUUAUCAAGAACAGACUCGCACAUUUUCAGCAUAGUUAUGGUCAGUUAGAAAACGAAAAUGCUUCACUAAAGACAGCACUUCAGGGAAAUCUGCAAGAAAAGAAUGAGUUGAUUCGUAGAGUUCAACAUAUUGAAGAGGAAAACGCGACCAUAAUGAAUAAUUUUGAAAAGAAGUCCAGAGAAAACGAAGAUUUAAAAACAAGGUUAAGCCAGGUAGCUGGAGCAAAACUUAUGGCAGGUAAUACCAGCAUCGCAGACUUGGGCGAUAAAUAUAGACCGACUAGAAUAGCAGAAUUAUAUUCUGAGCUUUAUGACAAUGAAUGGACAGAAGCAGUAGACGUACUUGUCAGCAAAAAAUGGUCUGAGGACAUGAUAGUUCGCCAUUUAUUCAUAAUACUGCAGGGUUGUUAUAAAGCAUGCUGUCAGCUAUCAAGUCAACAAAUGCAGGACUUGGUUCGAAAGUUGUUUUUGGAUAGAUCAUCUGCGGAUGUAACACAAUUCGUUAAACAACAUACUACAGAGAUAAAACAAUUGAUUGAUGCACGGAAGGCAAUAGCUAUCAAUGUAGCAAAUGUGAUAAAUAAGGACUUCCACAAAAAUCAUACAUUCGUUGAAUACUUACAUUCUCACGGAUGGUUAGACGAAGAGAUUGUGUACCAAAUUACCAAGCAGAAGUUUUUUGAAAAGUCUAUUUCACUCUCGUGGUUGAUGGCUGUUCAAGAUCCUGAAAUGUACCUGGACGGCGAUGUUGAGCACAGAACUAAGUUUGAUAAGGAUCAUUACAGAGAAUACACAAAAAGUGGACCAUUGUUUCUUUGUAGUAUUUGGCCUGCCUUGUAUCUUCACAAAAAUGGGCCAUUGAUGAUAAAAGGUGUAGCACAGGCUUGUGACUGAGAUUGAUUAAAUCUGAUAUAGACAUUCACGGUUUAGUUGCAGUGGGACUUGUUUGUUAAGCUUUGUGAUUUUAACUUAUCUUAUACGCUUUGUUUGAAACAAAUGCAAAAUAUACCUGCAGCAAAAGUAGCUAGUUUAAUGGUUAUACAAUAUAUAUAUAUAUGGUGAUCUAUACUCUUGUCCGGAAAUUACAUAUACUUUCCUCGGUUGCAAGUUACGUCUUGUGUCUGAUGGGAUUCGUUUGAAUCAGUAACAUAUAUAACUUUAUAUUACAUAUGGUGUAGCAUUCUCCUGUUUUCAUUGGAUAUUACGAUCACGUGUUUCAAAUAAUAUUUCAUGUAUCUGAAGCCUUGUUCAUAUUUUUAAGUAUAUUGACGCUAUGUUUCUAUUUAUACGUAUAUUGACGGUCAAUAUUAAAAAUCUGUGACGUCACUCAAAACAAUCAUGGCGGAAGCGCCGCAGAGUACGAAAAGAAAAUUUGCAAGUAGACUGGAAUGAGUUCCAUUUGAAUUCUUAUUUGUUCUAAACAGAAAAAAAAUGUUGUGUUUUUGUUUACAAUAAAACAAGUUAAUCUUA